UGUGUGUGUGUGUGUGUGUGUGUGUGUGUGUGUGAGUGAUUGCCAGUCAGUCAUGGGCGGAAGAGAUAAACAAGAUUUAAUUCUGCCCCUGAUGAUAGCGUCCCUGUUGCUUUCCGGCCAUUCCGUUGCCGCCGCCGUGGACGCCUCCAUGGUCGGUGCCGUUGGAGCAUUGCUAAAGCUCAUCGGGACGCCCCUGAAGGUGACCGCUUUUGUUGAGUGCUGGAAUGAAGGGGAGAAGCUUAUGUUUGCAAGGAUCGGUCUCUCCGGCGGUCGUCAUUUGAUGCAGUUUGUUGAACCGAGACGAGCAUCACCAGACGCACGGACAGAUGUCAAGGAUAUGGAUAAUUACCGGAACGCCACGCUCGAUGAAGAUGCUGAAAGUCACCAGACGUUGGUGGUGGUGGAUCUACGCUGCAACGGGUCGGAACGACUACUAGCUGAGGCUGGGCAGCGUCUGUAUCUAAACUACCGCUGGCUACUGAUGGAUUCCAGUGAGGGUGGUGCCCCGUUGGGUAUCGAGCACUAUCUGGCUGUGCUGCAGGACUUGCCGGCCCUUGUCAGCAGUGAGAUCUUUGUGAUGCUGGAAGAAGACGGCCAAUCAAUACGAUUUAUGCAAGUUUACAGAGUGAGUCAAAAUUCUGAACUGCUAACAGAACACUACGCUUUGUGGAAUGCGACAGUACCAGGAGAUACUGAGGGAGAGAUGAUCGAUCUACGAACUCACAAAGUCACUUCGGUGCGGCGUAAAGAUCUUCACGGUCACUAUCUUCGUGCGUCGAUGGUUAUUACCAAUCCGGAUACGUUGAAUCAUCUCACGGACUACAAAGAUAAACACAUCGACACGAUCACGAAGGUGAACUAUAUUUUGACUAACUGUCUGGUGGCAUACCUUGGAGCCGAAGUGAACUACACCCGUGUGACAACCUGGGGUUACUACAACACUACCACUGGCAUGUGGGAUGGUAUGAUCGGUGAGCUAGUGCACAAUACGGCCGACCUGGGUGCAUCUCCGCUCUUCUUCACCACCGAUCGCAUUGCGGUGAUCGAGUACCUUGCCAUGACGUCCGAGACACGGUCCAAAUUUAUCUUUCGCUCACCGAAACUGUCCUACACCGAGAAUGUGUUCGUAUUGCCGUUCGAUGAUAAAGUUUGGAUCUGCGCCAUUGCCGUCAUCAUUGUUUCCUCCGUCCUGCUGCUUGUUACGCUCUGGGCGGAAUGGCGCAUAGCGAACGGUGACCUGGAGAUGCCGCCAGCCCCGCCCGAUUCCUCUACCAUGGCCGCCAGCCUGCGUGACACGCUGCUCAUGAUGUACGGGGCGUCCUGCCAACAAGGCUCGGCCGUCUUACCACGCAGCUGCAGCGCCCGCACGAUCACCAUGCUUACCUUCACGGUGUUGAUGUUCCUGUACGCUAGCUACUCGGCCAACAUUGUCGCACUGCUGCAGAGCCCCUCGACCAAGAUCCAAACGCUGGAGGAUUUGCUUGGCUCGCGGCUCAAGUUCGGUGUGCACGAUACCGUGUUCAACCGGCACUACUUUACGCACGCCACCGAACCAACGCGCAGGGCACUGUACGAGCAGAAGAUCCGCCGACCAUACGGACCGGACGCGUUCAUAGCGCUGGAGCAGGGCAUCGAUCGGAUACGGCAUGGGUUGUACGCGUUUCACGUGGAACAGGGCGUCGGGUAUAAGGUGAUCAGCGAAACGUACCAGGAGGACGAAAAGUGUGGCCUGCAGGAAAUACAGUACCUGCAGGUGAUCGAUCCGUACUACGCGAUACAGAAGAACUCGUCGUACAAGGAGAUGGUGAAGAUUGGAUUGUUUCGACUGAACGAGCACGGCAUCCAGUAUCGAGAGAACGACAAACUGUACACCAAAAAGCCAACCUGUUCGGGCGGUGGUGGCAAGUUCGUCCCGGUAAGUCUGGUCGAUGUAGAGCCGGCCGUCUGGAUCAUCCUGUGGGGUAGCGGGCUGGCGUCGGGUAUCUUCCUAACGGAGCGGCUUUACUUUCGCUUUUUGAGAGGGAAAGUACGACAACUUGUUCGUCGAUGGCAACACACCUAAACAACCAGGAUCUAACAUAUAUUGGGACUCGUUCUAUUAUGUCACCCGCUCUUUCUACCUUCCCUGCAGCCUGUAGCAUUUCUAUCCACACCGUCAUAUUGAGAAGGCUAACGCUUCGGGGGAGUAUGGCGGAUGAUAUCGUUGCACAACGUUGUGUUUUUGUGAGUUCUUGGUAACGAUUCCGAUUCAUCAGAAAUCAUCGAUCAGCUGGUUUUUUGUUCUCCCCGUCAUCCGGCAGGGUAGCUGUAAAUCUUCACUCUUAGACGGAAUUUUCAUCUAAACCCUGUUCGAAUAGAAAAAAGGAUGAGGGAAGAAAAAGCCCAAGUCGGUCAUACACCAUUGCUCGCGAACAUUUUUUCGUAGAAUGAAGCCCCGCCGUACGGUCGCUAUGGUGUCAGCACCAACCGUGCACACUGAUUGCUCAUCUGCCGGGCUACUUUCGGGCUUGGCAAAAUGCACCUGUUGCAGUUCCAGCACACGAUGAACCGCUUGCACUAGGUUACACCUCCCGGAACGCAUCAACUUUUUCAGGUCGAGCAGGAAUGCUUGAAAAACAGAAGCCGAUAAAGUAUGUGUUGUGUUCGGAU